UCUUUUUGUGGCAUUGGGUGCCCUUUUUUUUGGUUUGAGCACCUGCCCCCCAAAAUGUCUGUGCACGUGCCUGAUAAUAAUAUUAUUAUUAUAAUUCAAACUUAAAGCGAUUUUCUAAAUACACAGACGCGUUGUACAUUAUAAUGAUAAUAAUAUAUUAUUAAUAUAAGACAUAAUCAGAACGAAUCAGCACCACAAAAUAAAAUAUAUACUUUUAAAAAAGAAUAAAAUACACCAAAUAAAUACAAUUAGAAAGAUUAAAACUAAAUUUGAUUUGACUAAAGCCAUAAAAUUAUCUAUUAACCGACAUAAAACAACAUUUUAAUGAAUUAUCUAAAAGUUCAUCAUAGUGAUUUUGAGAGAAAUUAAAAUAUGUAAAUCUUUUAGCUCGAGCUCCAUAAUAAUGGAGCAGUGGAAGAAGCGCGUGCUCGACAAUAAAACUGUAAGUGUUCCAAACCAAACGUGUAACCGGUUCACACGACGUGUGUCUCCACAGCAGCGUGGGAAUGUGCGCGCGGCGACAAAUGAGUCGCCUCGUGACGCGGCCUCACUGCUCCUGUAUUUAUUCAUCAGCAGCUGCCGACUCCACCGGACACCUCCACCCCUCACACACCUCACACACCUCACACCCCUCACACACCUCACACACCUCACACUCCUCCGGACACCUCCACCCCUCACGCACCUGAGAGUUCUGAGCGCCAGUAGAGAAACAUGGCCUCCUCUUCCUCCUCGUCCCUCCUCUUCCUCCUGCUGCUCCCUCUAGUGGCAGCACAGACCUACCACUGGGGUAGCUGUCCCACCCCCAUGCUGCAGCCCAACUUCACCCUCCAACAGUACAUGGGCCACUGGUACGAGAUCGAGAAGCUGCCGGCGUCCUUCGAGAAGGGGAAGUGCAUCGAGGCCGACUACGCCGUGAGGCCGGACGGCACCAUCCAGGUCCUGAACAAGCUGCUCUAUAAAGGCAAGGUGACGACGGCCGAAGGAACCGCGGUGGUUAUAGACCCGAGAGAACCGGCCCGGCUGGGAGUCAGCUUCUCGCACUUCUCGCCCUACGUCCCGUACCUGGUGCUGAGCACCGACUACAGCGGCCUGUCCGCCGUGUACUCCUGCACCAACGUCCUCAACAUCUUCUACAUCGACUACGCCUGGAUCCUCAGCCGCUCCCGCUUCCCGCCGCCGGAGAGCGUGGCGAGCGCCAAGCAGCUGCUGAGCGGCGAGGGCGUCGAGGUGUGCGGGAUGAAGCCCACGGACCAGAUGGGCUGCCCCGAUGUCUAGGGGGGCGGAGCAGGGGGCGGGGCUAAACGCGGGGACGACAGUACCUCGUAUUGCAGUUAGUGCGAACAACAAAUCUGAGAACCGCGUGCUGUGAUUUUCAUUCUUUACUAGUUAAAUCUUCUGUGUUCAAAGAUGUUAAAAUGAAUAUUUAGAAUAGAUUAAAUGGAUUCUGUAACUGCUCUGUGCUUUAAUGAUUAAAGAAACGGCAUUUGUAAAAACCUAUAAUGAAUUAACACGCUUCAGGACGUUACAAGCGGCAUUUUGUAUGUGAUAUGUCGACAUGUUACUUUGUGUGAAAUAACGCGUGAAGAAGAAAUGAGCAUAUUGGUGGUGAUGGCA